UUGAGUCGAACCACGAACCAUAUGUUCGCCUUACUGGCAGUCAUAAUUUUGUCGGCAAGCGUCGCCUGUCAUUCAUGCUUGACAACUCCAGAUGAACAGUUUCUCAUAGGGUCCGGGAUCUAUGACAUUACAGGCCCGGCGGCCGACGUCACUAUGAUGGGAUAUGGAAGGUUUUUCCAGAAGACGUCUGGGAUUAGCAUGCGUCUGUAUGCGAGGGCAUUCGUGAUUGCAAAAGAAGACCGAAGAGUCGCAUUUGUGUCCGCGGACCUUUGUUUCAUUACGCAGGUAGUCAAAGAGGCGGUGGUGGAAAAACUGAAGAAAGAGUAUGGAAGUCUGUAUGGGGAAAAUAAUGUGAUGUUGGCAGCUACUCAUACACAUUCGGGUCCAGGCGGCUAUUCGCAUCAUUCUUUGUACCAAAUGUCGACGUUGGGUUUUUGCAAGAAGAACUUUGACGUUAUCGUCGAUGGGAUUGUCGAAUCGGUGCGAAGGGCGCACGACAGCUUGGGUCCUGGAACUAUAGCCAUUCAAAAGGGAAACGUUGAAGGCGUAAACGCGAACCGGUCUCCCGCCUCGUAUUGUGCUAAUCCGGAAUCAGAAAGAGCUCAGUACAAGGACAACGUUGAUAAGGAGAUGGUGUUCUUGAAGUUUACUCAGCUUUCAGAGGGAUCCAAGGGGAAGGAGAUUGGCAUGAUUUCGUGGUUUCCCGUACACGGGACUAGUUUAAACAAUACCAACACAUUGAUUUCCGGAGAUAAUAAGGGAUACGCAUCUUAUUUGAUGGAGAGGGAUCGAAAUCAGGGUGCAUUACCAGGAAAGGGGCCCUUUGUGGCUGCCUACGCUCAAUGCGCCGAAGGUGACGUGACGCCCAAUGUCAAAGGUGCUUUCUGCUCGAACGGAGAAGCUUGCGACGAAAUCACGUCUGCUUGUCCCUGGCCCAGUCGUCCAUGUCGAGGAGUUGGUCCGAGCGAAGAUCAAUUUGAAAAUUGUCGUAUUAUUGGAUAUGAACAAUAUUUACAGGCAAAACGACACUACGAUUCUGCCAACAACUUUUUGAGUGGGCCUGUGAGGUAUUCUCACAUCUGGGUCGACAUGGAAAACGUAACUGUUCCUCCUGAGUUUAGCGGCGUCCACUCCACAGUACAUACGUGUCGAUCGGCCCUUGGAGAUUCUUUCGGUGCUGGCACGACGGACGGAGCGGGCAUUUUCAAUUUCGUCCAGGGGACUAAUGAUACUCAUACAAAUGCUUACUGGAAUUGGCUUUUUUCGAAAAUUCUUGACGCUUCUCCCAGCGAAGAAGAUGUGUCUUGUCACUAUCCAAAGCCGAUUCUUUUGUUCACUUCUAAGCUAACUAAUCCUUCCAAAUGCACUCAGAAUAUACUGCCCUUACAGGUGUUCAAUAUAGGGCAAGUGUGGAUCGCCGCGGUUCCAGCUGAGCUGACUACGAUGGCGGGAAGACGCCUUAGUAAAUCUAUCUUUAAGGCACUAAGAGACGCUGGAUCGAUCAACGAUCGAUCUACUGUCAUCAUUACUUGCGUCGCCAAUUCCUAUUCUCAUUAUGUGACUACUCGUGAAGAGUACUCUAUUCAGAGAUACGAGGGUUCGUCUGUUUUGUUCGGGCCCUUCACCCUCAACGCCUAUCAAUUCCUCUACUACCAGCUUGUCUAUAGACUCUCCAAGGGCCUCAGACCGCCUCGGUCGGCUUCUCCAGAGAAGCCCCCUUAUCGGACUUUCCCCGUUAUCGAUUACCGGCUGUCUGAUUCCGUUCCGCAGGGACUAAGGUUCGGAUCCGUUCAUCUUGACGCGAAAGGGUCUUAUCGACGUGGAGAGACUGUCUCCGUUUCUUUCUGGUCGUCUCACCCUAGCAACAACCUUCGCACGGACGACACAUUUCUUGUCGUUGAGAGACUUCUUGAAAACUCGACUUGGUCCGUCCAAUUCAACGAUGCCUGUCCUGAGACUAGAUACAUCUGGGAGCGCGUUGGCAUUCGCUAUUCGCUUGUCACUAUCGAGUGGGACAUUCCUCACGACGCGCCGCGCGGGCAUUUAUCAGAUCCGGCAUUUUGGAGACAUUAACGAGGGCACAACCUCAGACAUUCGAGGGCGUCUCCGCCCGUUUUGUCGUUACACUGAAUAAUAAAGUACUCGAAGGUUGUUGACGCGUAUCGA